AUGGGCGAGGACACGGACACGCGGAAAAUUAACCACAGCUUCCUGCGGGACCACAGCUAUGUGACUGAAGCCGAUAUCAUCUCCACUGUUGAGUUCAACCACACCGGAGAGCUGCUGGCCACAGGCGACAAGGGUGGCCGGGUUGUCAUUUUCCAGCGGGAGCCAGAGAGUAAAAAUGCGCCUCACAGCCAGGGCGAGUAUGAUGUCUACAGCACCUUCCAGAGCCACGAGCCGGAGUUCGAUUACCUCAAGAGUCUGGAGAUAGAGGAGAAAAUCAACAAGAUCAAGUGGCUUCCACAGCAGAAUGCAGCCCACUCCCUGCUGUCCACCAAUGAUAAAACUAUCAAAUUAUGGAAGAUUACUGAACGAGAUAAAAGGCCUGAGGGAUAUAACCUAAAAGAUGAAGAAGGAAAGCUUAAGGACCUGUCCACGGUGACGUCGCUGCAGGUGCCCGUGCUGAAGCCCAUGGAUCUGAUGGUGGAGGUGAGCCCUCGGAGGGUCUUCGCCAACGGCCACACCUACCACAUCAACUCCAUCUCCGUCAACAGCGACUGCGAGACGUACAUGUCGGCGGACGACCUGCGCAUCAACCUCUGGCACCUGGCUAUCACUGACAGGAGCUUCAACAUCGUGGACAUCAAGCCGGCCAAUAUGGAGGACCUCACGGAGGUGAUCACGGCGUCGGAGUUUCACCCCCACCAUUGCAACCUCUUUGUCUACAGCAGUAGCAAGGGCUCCCUGCGUCUCUGCGACAUGCGUGCAGCCGCGCUGUGUGACAAGCACUCCAAACUGUUCGAAGAGCCCGAGGACCCCAGUAACCGCUCCUUCUUCUCGGAGAUCAUCUCCUCCGUGUCGGAUGUGAAGUUCAGCCACAGUGGCCGGUACAUGCUCACCCGGGAUUAUCUCACGGUCAAAGUCUGGGACCUGAACAUGGAGGCGAGGCCCAUAGAGACCUACCAGGUCCAUGAUUACCUUCGGAGCAAGCUCUGUUCCCUGUAUGAGAACGACUGCAUUUUCGACAAGUUUGAAUGUGCCUGGAACGGGAGCGACAGCGUCAUCAUGACCGGGGCCUACAACAACUUCUUCCGCAUGUUUGACCGGAACACCAAGCGCGACGUGACCCUGGAGGCGUCGAGGGAGAGCAGCAAGCCUCGGGCCGUGCUCAAGCCGCGGCGCGUGUGUGUGGGCGGCAAGCGCAGGCGGGAUGACAUCAGUGUGGACAGCCUGGACUUCACCAAGAAGAUCCUGCACACGGCCUGGCACCCGGCCGAGAACAUCAUCGCCAUCGCGGCCACCAACAACCUGUACAUCUUCCAGGACAAGGUGAACUCCGAGAUGCACUAG